CCUUCUUUGGGGAUUAGUUGAUAAUAUUCCAUACAGCCUUUGAAGGCCGCUCAUAUAAUCUGCUUAAUCUGAGCAGGACAUCACCAGAUGAGCAACGGCAGCUGAGAAGAGUGGAUAUACUGUUCAAGGGCUGUCGUCGAGUGAGACAACAUGUCCAUCACAACCUGUCAGAAAGUGACUUUGAUAUCAUGUUCGGUCCUGUGUGUGUCUCUCUUCUUGCCCAGGAUGCUUUUGCCCAGAGCCGAAAAGGAGUUGGGACGGCCGCAGGUUGGCCCCGGGUUCUCCCCCCCAGGGAUGCGUGAGAUGUCGUUGUCCGACGACCCGAAGCAGUGGGGCGUGGAGCCUUUCCACUCCAUGACACGCAGCGCUGAGGCCUCUGCCAAAGUCAGAAGCAUCGGACGUGGCAAAAAACACAACCUGAUGGCUCAAGUCAUACCCAUUUAUGGAUUUGGGGUUCUUCUUUACAUCCUCUACAUAAUUUACAAGUUGACUUCCAAGGACAAGAAUACUAGAUCAGGAAAUGACAGUCCAACUAUGAGCAUGGAGAGGAAUAUGACUGACGAUGAGCUUGCCAGACUACAGGAGCGAAUACUUCAGUCAGAAAGGAUCAUGGAGAGGAUUGUUUCAGGAAAAACUCGUGCUUCUGGGAGUGGAAGACGCAGGAGAAGUAAAUCGACUCCGACUAAGAAGGAGGAGAAACUUCUCAAGCAACUGAGGCAGAUCGCACAGCUGAUGCAAGAGGGCCGCGAGGAGGGUGCCUCCCCGGAGAUGGAGGCAGAGGAAGUCCCUUACAGCGCAGACUGGGAAGGUACACUGUAUGUCCUCGGCCGCUUGUUUACAACUCACCUGUUUGAGGUUGAUGACUGCCUCACACCAGGCUACCCAGAGGAAACCUACCCUGAGUAUGAAGUACCCAACUACAAACAUGAAUUUGACCGUGUGGCCCUGGAGGAGCCCGCCAACCAGCCCACUGCGGAGGCCCUCGCAGAGCGAAUGGAGCAAGAGGAGGAAGAGGUUGUGGCAAGGAAGUUAUCCAUAGUACAAGAGGAGGAUGAAGAUGAGGAGCAGGAAGAUGAGGAUGUGGGAGAUGUGGAGGAAGUAGAUGAGGAGGAGGGGGAGUACAAUGAGGAGAUAGCAGAAGAGGAGGAGGAGGAGGAGGAGGAGGCAGAAGCUGAGAAAAGACUUUUGCUACUUCCACUUGCGUCCCAGGAUGCUACAAAUACAAAGCACGAAAGAUUAGGUCUGCAAAUACACAAUGAGCUGCAAGGUCAUCAUAAAGAGGGGAGGAAGCAUAUUAGCUUUAACGACCAAAGGGAUGUGUUUCACUACCCAAAAGAAGAUACCUACGAAGGACAGGUGCAGAAGGGGGAGGAAGGAGAAGAAGAUGAGGAGGAGGAUGUGAAUGAAGAUGAUGGAACAGAGGUGGAAGAAGAGGAGGAGGAGGUUGAUGAGGAAGAUCCUGUGACCGAAGCGGAGAGACUUCAGUUUAGUAGCGCAGAAUGUCCCAACCCUGAGGAAGAGGCAGAGGAGGAGGAAGAAGCGGCGUAUUUGGCAACGUUAGCAUCCGCGGAGAGCGACAGUAAAGUUCACGUAGACAUUGGCAAAGAGGUCAGCGGGCUGAGGAUGCGAAACAGGAGAGAGACGUAAAGAAUUUCCCUUCAAAGUAGUCUGAGCUCUCGUCUAUUCAUCAUUUUUUAAAUGGAUACGCUAGUGCAUGUAUGAAGUUUUAGUCUAUUGACCAGUUGAGAUUACGAUCCUUUUUUACUAGAUCCUUUUUUGUGUCAAUACAAAGAGGUUUUUAUCAUCUCUUUGAAGAGAGACGAUAAAGUAGGAGUUGGGGUACGCGAAGAUGGCUGGCAGAUUAGGGGUUUAGGCUCAGGGGUUUAGGGGUUAGGGUUUGGGGACCUCCCGAUCACCACCAAGACUCACUUUCCACCAACACCUCAAGGAUUAUACUGUAUGUAUCUGUUUUACGUGUAGAGGUAGGGUAAAUGGUACUUGGUAAGAACAAAGUUUAGGAUGUGAGAUCGGUUGUUAAGGAUUGCUUAGGUUUGAUGUGCUGGAAGGUUCGGGCAAGGGCGGGUUCUGGUUAAGAUUUGGGUUAGGGUAAAGUGUGGGCUUCGGCCGGAUUAGUUCAUUGGUUUUUCAGAACUUCGCUGUAAAUCCAAAUAAAACAUGUAGACAGGGGAAUGGCUUUUCUCUUUCUGCCAGCAAGUCACUGUGACCAUUAAAGAUACACUUUGGUCGUCAAAUUCAGAAUUCAACAUUUUACAGUAAAAAUGUGUCCAAUCAGAGACACUCCAAAGUACCUUAACCAUACUACUCAAACAUUAAUGUAGCCCUAACCAUGACAAAACCCAAACAAUAGAUGGUUCUGCAUCAACCAGUGUGGUUGCGUCUUUGUCCUUUGUCCUUUGUUACAUAACAACACAAGGUGGAUUCACACAAUUUAGUGAUACCAAAUUAGUUUUUUUAUUACUUUGACGAUGUUUGAAGACAAUCACCAUCAUGGACAAUGAGGAUUUGUCGUAUUUCAGCAAAGUCUGUCAACUCCCCAUUAAAAUAUUGAAACAUCAUGCCAAUUCCACAGCAACAACACCCUUUAUAAUAAACCCGAGUGCCUUGAUAGUCUUAGACCAAACAAUUUCCUUGGGCACAUUGAGAGAUCUCGCAAAGUACUUUCGAGGUAACGCAAACCUUAGGUGCUCCAUAUAAUAUAUAUCCAUUUAAAAGUAAGUUUUUUUUGUUUGUUUGUUUGUUUUCAAGAUCAAGUAUUUUUAUUUCAGUGUAGAACCCCUAACUCUUAACACUCAAGCACCAAACCUAACUUUAAAUUCCUAAUUAUGCUAUUAAAACCCUACCUUCAUGAUAUGCUGUGAGCAAUGUAAGAAUAUUUUAACAGAAGACAAAUGUAAACAUACAGAGGCUUUUUUAUUUGUUCACAUUUU